CAAACCCCGUGCAGUUAGUGUGUGUGGUAGUGUGUGUUAUAUGUGUAUGUAGCUAUGUGAGUGUGUGUAUGUGUGUCUGUUUAGGUCGUGGAAGAGAAUAAAAUCUAAUGUUGUUGAUCUGAGGGUUCGAGUGGUGAGCUGCCGGCUGAGGAGAGCGGACUGAGAGAGGAGGGAGAGGAGGGAGCUUCGUAAAGAAGACUCAAACGAAGGGGAAAAGGACGAAAAGGAGAAAAACUUCCCUUAAUUUCUCCUCAUAUACAGAUGAACUGCAGGACAAUGUAAGGGUGCUAAAGGGUCAAGCAGCUGUGUUUCUUUGUGAGCGUGAGGAGGAGGAGUGCUGCAGGAGGAGGAGUGGAGAGGAGGAAUGGGCGUGGGGAAGAACACCUCCUGCAAAUCCAUGGACUCCACCACAGAGCCGGGCAAAUAUGAGGAGGAGAACAAACACAGCGCCAACUUCUACCCCAUCCCUGUGGUGGUUAAUGGGGUGGCUGCAGCCCCAGGAGAUCAGGACACUGAAGACACUGAGCUUAUGGCCAUCUACACUAAAGACCGGCAGGCCACGGAUAAGUGCUCCCUGUCAGACACAGUGGAUAGUACAGAGAGCACGGAUGCUCGGAGAUUGGACAUGAUCUACACUAUAGAGGACACUCCGCCCUGGUAUCUGUGUGUCUUCUUGGGUUUACAGCACUACCUGACCUGCUUCAGCGGGACGAUAGCCGUGCCCUUUCUGUUGUCUGAGGCCAUGUGUGUGGGAUUCGACCAGUGGGCAACUAGCCAGCUUAUUGGCACCAUCUUCUUCUGUGUGGGCAUCACCACCCUCCUACAGACUACCAUUGGCUGUCGACUUCCGCUGUUCCAGGCCAGUGCGUUCGCUUUCCUUGCACCAGCCAGAGCCAUUCUUUCCCUGGAGAAAUGGAAGUGUAAUGCAACAGCAGUUCCACUUGUAAACAGCACUGAGCUCCUGCAUACAGAGCACAUCUGGUAUCCCAGGAUACGAGAGAUUCAAGGGGCUAUAAUAGUAUCCUCUCUGGUAGAGGUGUGUAUAGGGGCGCUGGGUCUGCCGGGAUUAUUGCUAAAAUACAUUGGACCCCUCACCAUCACCCCCACCGUGGCCCUCAUCGGCCUCUCCGGCUUCCAGGCUGCAGGGGAGAGGGCAGGAAAACACUGGGGCAUUGCAAUGCUAACCAUCUUUCUGGUGCUGCUGUUUUCUCAGUACGCUCGUAACGUACAGCUGCCGUUCCCCGUCUACAAAGCCAAGAAAGGCUGGACCUCCUACCGCCUUCAGCUUUUCAAGAUGUUUCCUAUCAUCAUGGCCAUCCUUGUCUCCUGGUUCCUGUGCUUUAUCUUCACGGUGACGGAUGUGUUCCCCCCUGAGAGAGACAAGUAUGGCUUCUACGCUCGGACCGAUGCCCGGCAGGGAAUCCUGGCAGCUGCCCCCUGGUUUAAAGUACCCUACCCCUUUCAGUGGGGGUUCCCGACUGUAAGCGCGGCAGGAGUAAUCGGGAUGAUGAGUGCCGUGGUGUCCAGCAUCAUCGAGUCUAUUGGAGAUUAUUAUGCGUGUGCACGUCUGUCUGCAGCCCCCCCGCCUCCUGUACAUGCUAUAAACAGGGGGAUUUUUGUUGAAGGUCUGUCCUGUGUGCUGGACGGUUUGUUCGGAACAGGAAACGGUUCCACGUCUUCCAGUCCCAACAUUGGUGUGCUGGGCAUUACCAAGGUGGGAAGUAGGCGGGUGAUUCAGUACGGGGCUGUGCUGAUGCUGCUGCUGGGCACUGUAGGAAAGUUCAGUGCACUCUUUGCGUCUCUCCCAGACCCUGUACUGGGGGCACUCUUCUGCACGCUCUUCGGGAUGAUUACUGCCGUGGGUUUGUCCAACCUGCAGUUUGUCGAUCUCAAUUCCUCGCGGAAUCUCUUCGUUCUUGGGUUCUCAAUAUUCUUUGGUCUGGUCCUCCCCAGCUAUCUGCGAGGAAAUCCUCUUGUCACUGGGAUCGUGGAAAUUGAUCAGGUGCUAAACGUUCUGCUGACUACAGCCAUGUUUGUGGGCGGUUCUGUGGCAUUCAUUCUAGACAACACUAUACCUGGAACACCUGAGGAGAGGGGCAUCCGUAAGCUGAAGCGAGGGACUGGUCCCAGUGCGUCAGAGCUAGAAGGGAUGCGAUCCUAUGACCUUCCAUUUGGCAUGGAUUUUAUCCGCAGCCACCGCAUCUUCCAGCAUCUCCCGAUCAGCCCCACCUUCACCGGCUACCAAUUCAACCUGCUGGGCGGAGCCUGCCAGGAACGAGGCAACAGGAGAGAAGAGGGCACUGCCUCCUCCAAGCUGGAGACGGGGGAGAGCAGAGUGUAGAGAUCGGAGAGCUGGAGGGACUGGAGCUGAGGCAGUCCAGCCCACCCUGGUGACCUUGUACACAUUUGGGCUUGUGCUCUCCUUGCUGUAUGUAACACACCUACAGGACUGUUCAAAAGUUUGGAAACACUUGUGUCGAAAAUUAGGUAUUUUUAUAUGCAAUAGCUUUAAUGUUAGACAAUUAUUUAUCAACAUUUCAAGCAUUUUGGGAACAAUUCUGUAAUAUACAUUUCAUAGCUGUACACAUUUACAUUUAUAACUAUAAUCAUCAGCUACAGUUUUUUAUACAUCGAUUGCUGUAUAUUGUUUAUACACCUACUGCUUGUUUACUGAAAGUUCAAAAGACUUACAUAUACAUAUAUUAUAAUAAUUGAAUGCAUUUAUUUGAAACCAAAAUUUUUACUUUGUGUGUCAUUCCAAACUUUUGAAUGGUAUCACACCUUUCAUUUGUGUUUUGGAGCAGAGAGAACACAACCAAUGUGACCUGCAGGGGUCCAAGGCUGAGUUUAUAGCCCACGGGUUGAGCGAGGAGCACAAAUCCAGCACAACACUGCAUUCCAAGCACCUGGUGGAGUAGACCUGAGUUAGACAUGAAGUUUUACAUACACACACACACAUAUAAAUAUAUACUGGUGUGUGGAUCUGUGCGCUCGUAUGACAAAUUAUUGUGUCAUAUGAUUGGACAGCAAGUUGUCCAAUCUUAUGUUCUUUCAUGGCAUAUUCUACCAGGUAGCUAAUCAUGGUAAUGCAGGUGUGAUGCACAAUGUUGCGCUGGUGUGUGUUUCCCUGUGGGUGGGUGGGCAUGAAUGGCAGAUCAAGACUUUUGCCAAAACCCAAAACAAAACAAAAAUCCUUCAAAGGUCAGUGUUCCCUUUUUAUCCCUGCGCUGCUUGAUAUGCACAAGGGAUCAUGGGAAAUGUAGUUUAGAUAGGCGGGUUAGUUGUUUUGCUUAGGCUUUAAGCGACACAGAUGUGACACAGAACACAGAAAUGUUUAUGCAUAUACAAACACCAUGGCCGUUGUUCUCUGUUUAACACACAUGCACGUACACAUACAAACACACACACACACACACCACACACACACACAGACACGAAUGUACAUACGUAAUGCAUGCUAAUGUCUGAUAUCACACAAAUGCAAGUGGCUUUGGAUGGGAAGGUUUUCUUACCGCAGAAUGAUUGUGAUUCGUAUUGUUUGGUUUUAUCUUUGGUGUUUUUUGGCACCAAUGCAAGAAACGCACAUUAACCAGGUCGGACCCCCAUCCACCUGGAGCAUCUUAAGCCUUCUAUCCUCAGAGAACAAAAAAUUAAGACUGUACAGACAGUGGCGGACAGCAAGCCUUCGCCAUAUCCAUAGUCCAUCCUUCCAUUUUUUUAUUUUGAGUUAAGGUCCUCUUGCCUUAAACCCCCUCUGUGUGACUCGGGUAUUACAACAGAGCCAUCAAACAGGCCUCACCACACAAUACAGCCAGCUAGCUGGCACAGUUUUGUUUUGGAUAAUAGUUUACAAAGUUCAGUAAAUGUGAUUAGUAGGGGUGUAACGAUUUACAAAUUUCAGGUUAGCAGCAUAGUACAUUUUUCGAUACAACAGAAGUAUCUGAAAAUGUGCCUUAUAUUCUAUAUAUUAAAGGAACUGUGUCCUACAUUUUUUAACAGAUCCAUUUCUAACAUUUGUAUGGGUUUGUAUACCAGUUCCCUUUUUUGAAUACACAAUGAAUACACAAAAACAAAUUGGACCUUUAAUGCUUUCGUUUUCAGAUUUUUAACACAUUCAGCUUUAGAAAAGUACAGUAUUUAAAACCAAAGCUGUACUUUAUAGUGUUACAGUCUAAGGCCACAAGCUAAUAAUAUGAUAAUGAUAUUCUUUUUUGUUACAUCCUUACUAGUUACUUUUUGAGUCUGUUUUUUUUUUUCUAUUUUAAUGCAUCUUUGCUGUUUUAAUGUACUGUUACUUUUUUUUUUUUUUUUUUUAAAUCUAUCAUCAUUGAGGUGUAUAUUCUCACACAGUAGGUUAUAAUACAGAUACAGAUCAUUAGGACACCAUUGACAAUUAUUCAUCCAAACCCAUUGAAUUAUCAACACAGGAGGAUGAUUAACAUUACAAACACUAUACAACUUUUUCUAGAUGUUAAAUGUGAUUCAGUUUGAACACAGUUGACUGAAAAACAACAAAAGACCAUCAUUUAUUAUAAUUAUUUGUAGUUUUUGUUUUUCUGACAUUCCAAAAUUGGUGCAAUGACUUGUAAUAUCCUGGUGAAGCAGUCAGAGUGUUUUCAGAACCCCUGCUAGUUUUAGUACUAUUAUUGACAUGUGGUCAGUGCAUGGUUUUCAGUAGUAGGGAGAAAGGGAAAAGGCAGUUUGGAAGAAUCGUAGAAUUAUUAAACGAAAGAAAAAGGAUAAAAGAAAGAAAAGAAAUGUUUCUUUUGGUUCUGAAGUCCCAGAUCUGUUGUGAUCUUCUUUUUCUUUCUAAAUAACACACUUAUUGCUUUUGUGCAAAAAACCUUGCAUCUCCAUUUUUGCAGUUUUUCACUUUUUGACAACAUGAAUCUGGCAGUUGUUUUAUAACAUUGUCUAUUUCAUGAUGACUGGACCAAUAGAAAAGCUCCAAAAUAACUUAAUGGAAUAAUGUAAGGUUUUUGUGUGACAGUAAAGAAUAUAUAUAUAUAUAUAUGACUUCAGUUUUGUCACUGUAGAGACCAUAUUUUACUUUUGCUGUUAGUUGCUUAUUUUGCUGAUAAAAUUUUGUUUGUACAAUCAGCCUUUCUUCAGUAACCAGGGGCCAGAUUCACAAAAGUGUCUUGUGAAGAAAAUUCUUUUUAGAAGUACAUUUUCUCUUAAAUUCAUACUUCAGAUAAAACCUAAGAUGAAAAUAACGAACACAUUUUUUUUUUGAGUUAAGUAAUUCAGCCUUUGAAAUGAUUAGUUUACAGCUGAAUUACAGAAUUUGUCUAAUUUAACAGGAUUGAAAGUGGAGACUGUUCUUAAAGCACUGUAGCUUUGUGCUUAAGGAAAAUAAUAGCUUUCAGAUUUCAUGGCUUACUUCUUAUACAAAAUGGAUGUUUCCUCCACCAUCACUUCUAGCUCUUAAAAAAUAUAUUCAAAAAUGUCUUGUGUUUAUUAGAAGUUGAAGAGGAAAGCUUUUGGGAAUCUGGUUCCUGUUUUCUUGCUGCUGCAGUUGCGGAAAUUUUAGUAUACAAUGAACGUGAUUUAAAGGCGAAAAUGUAGAAAAGUAUUGUGUUUGUCACAAACCACUAUUUGUAAAAUUUUACCAAUCAAAUUGAAUGAAAAUAUCGAAGCUGAUCCAACCGAACUUUAAAUUGUCAUGUUCAACCAAUAUUUGAGCAACCAUGCUUGUCUGGUAUGUAUCGAACAAACGAGCAAGAGCGCUUGUAGUCAUGCUACAGCCAGUGUGUGCACAAAGCCAUCUGGUGGCUUAUUUAAGCAAUGUUAAGUUAUAUUGCCCACUGGUUUCUGUUAUCAGUGCUCAUUAACAUGUUGUUUAUUCUUCCCUGCUGGAAAUUCCAUUGGUAUCACUGGACAGUGUAAUCACCCAGCAGAUAAAGGCUAAAGUAUUCUAAUAAUUACACCAAAAUAAAGCAGAGAGUUUAAGGAGAGACCGACCCAUUUUCCCCACUUUCCACCGACUUCAAGCAGUGGUUUUGUUUCAUUGUUUGUUUGUAUCUUUGUUUAUUUAUUUAUUUAUGACUGAUAAUCGCGUAGUUAACGUGUUGAGUGUGAGAGUUUGCUGCAUGAGUGUGGAGACGCCUCGCAUGCCAUGUGAGGGGGGGGGUUGGCGGUGGGCAUUGCUUUACUGCACCAUUUAUUCAAGAGAAGAUUUACAGCAUAACUGGUGCUUCAUUGAAAAGGUCAUUCCACCAUUUGCGAAAAGAAGAUACAAUAUUACACUUUCCUUCUUUUUUACAAGAUAUAUUUUACAUGAAAAUGCAAACUCACCCUCUGCCUCCAAGCUAGCUUAGCCAUUUAGCCACGCUGCUGCCUCACAAGAAGGCUAAUUUUCUAAUAAUGUGCUUUUUAAAGCAUGCAGCGGAGGUGCUUCACAGUCCUUUAACCUUUCAGUCAUAUUGAGAUCAUGCCUCAGCCUUGAUAGCAAGGUCAAGGAUGAAAUUCACAGGCUUACUGCUCAGAGUUUAGCAAUAUGAAUAUAGUUAUGCAGUUAGUAAUGCACUGUGCAUUACUGGUUAGCUACAUUAGCCUUGUAGCUUAGGUUAGCUAAACUAAUGAAGCAAACCUCAGACAACAAACGUUUUAAAAUAGUAAACUUCUGAUUACCAUAUUUUUCGCACUAUAAGGUGCACAGGAUUAAAAGGCGCACUAUUAAUAAACGUCUAUUUUCUGGUCUAUUUUCAUAUAUUAAACACACUGGAUUAUAAGGCGUAUUACAGACACUAGUAAGGAACGGUUGUCAUCAUGUUUUUCAUCUAAUUCAGCGGAAUACGGGUGUUGCCAUGUUUUCCUUUUAACGUAAAGUUAAUCUAAGCUAAGUAAACAAAACUGUGAUUCUUAUACAGUCAAACAAGUGCUGGAUGUUAAUCUCUACAGAUUUUCCUCCUAAAAAAUGUUUAUUUGGGAGAGUAAAGCGCUUCAGUUUAUUUACAGUAAGCUUAGAUGUGCAACACUAAGGCUAGCCGUGUUUAGUGGCUAAUGCCUCCUGACAGCGCUUCACUGAGGAACCCUGAGGUGUUCCAGUAAACCAGGGUGAUAUUAGCUAGCCGUUUGUCUUGCAUAUCUUGUUUUAACACUGUAAACACGCAGACUACAAUCCAAUAUACUCACCUCUGAACGACGAAAGGGCUAGUGCUUGGUGGCUAAUACUAGUGGCCGAGGAUAACAGCAGGCUACUGUCCGAUAUACUAACCUCUGAACAACAAAAGAGCUAGCACUUAGCACGGCUAGCGGCAAAUGCUAACACUGCUCCAGCCUCGGUGCUGGAGAAAAUUCACUGUAACUCCUUUAUAAUGCUGUACUUCAGCGGAGUGGCUUUACAGCCUGACUGGUAGAAUUAAUACAUAAGAUGCACCGGAUUAUAAAACACACUGACGAUCUUUUGGAAAAUUACAGGAUUUUAAGUGCGUGUUAUAGUGCGAAAAAUAUGGUUAAUUUAUGGAUUAAUUAAUUUUACACGAUUUCUGCAUAAUUCAGAGUGGAGUUGCUGCGCAUUGUUUUACUGUAGAAAAACAUGCAUUAAUCCAGUGACUCCAAUAAAUGAUCUUUGUUGAUUGGUAAUGGAUAAAACCAGGCCAUGACUAGUAGAGGUUGGCAAUAUUUACCUAUAUUUUUUGUGAUAAACAAUAAUUGUUGAGAAUGCACCAAUAGAAGCCACGGAUUCUUAAAUGCUGCUGUUAAAAUAUUAUCCCAUAUAUUGUAAAGUAUUGAUCUUUUUUAUAUAAAUCUGCUGCGUUCCAUCCAAUUUAAAAGAUGUAUUGAAAAGUGCAGUCAUUCAGUGUCCUUUAUGCACUGGCUAUAUUCACAACAUACUCGGAACAGUGUGAUUUGGACCAAGGUCAAACAGUAAAGCUAAAAGCUAUAAAAAGGUUUAUUUUCUUCUCUUAUCUGAAGGGAGAAAAAAUGUUUUUGCUGAACCCUAGCUGUGAAACCACAUAAUCAAAAUUCAUGUCUUUAGUAUUUCAGAAAUGACAUAUUUGUUUGGCUGUUUUGUUGUUUCAUUAAUGGCAAGAAUAUGCUCAACUCAUAAUUUUGCAUUUAAAAAAAUGUAUCACAAUAUGCUAAAAUAUUGUCAUAUUGCCCACCCCUACUAUAUAACAUCUACACUUUGCACCUGAUUUACUUGAUAUAAUUUUCUUAUUAAUUACUAUAAUUAAUUACUUACUUUUUAGAAUUUGGAAAAAAUAAAUAAAGCUGCUGGGUUCUGUUAAGCAAUUCCAUAGUGAAAAACAGGUUAUUGCCUGGGAAUGAGUAUAUGUUUGAGUGUAAAGAACCUUCAUUUAAAAAAAUAAUAAUAAUAAUUUAAAGGUUGUCAUGAUGGGCAUUUUAUUACGUUUUGUUAAAUAUCAUUGAUUGAAGAACCCGUUCAACCGUAAUUACUUUUUUGCAAGUGUAGCCAGAAGAAGUUUGGUUCUGCCUGUUCAGCUCCUCAAUCAUUUAAUUAUGCAGAAUUUCUGAAAAAAUCUUGAAAUUGGAGGUCGGGGAAUGUUGCGCACCUUCUCAAUAAAUUCCUGCUAAACUAAACUAUUGCUUUAUAUGUUUCUAAACCCAGCCCUAGUUUUUACGUUGUGUUGUAGCCGAACUGAGGUUGUAAUGAGGUAGAGUUGUCAGUAUUAGGUGGACUUGGUGGACCACACAUGUGCACUCACUGCGUUUACAACAAGCCUGAAAUACAUUACUGUACUGGAGUCCAAUUAGCAGUCCAGUUCAACCCAAAGCUCAGACUUCUGAUAUCCGAUAUGGAGAAGCGUGACUGAUUUUUGGUGGGAGUUGGACGGGUGGGGAGUUUACAUUAACAGCACUUGUCAUUACACUUUAAGGCGGUAAAACCCUGCGCAGUUCUUUCCCGUGUUUAAUAUAGCGAUGCUGUUGUUCAGACACAUUUAGUGUCCAGUGUGAAUCCAGUGCACCAAGUGACAAACUGUACACUGUAUCUGUACCCCACUGUAACCUCCCACCAUCACUCUCCACCACACCUGCAGUGCUCACUAUGCUGUCAGUGUCCACUAAUGUACUAACCUGUACCUUUAGCUUCUGUGCUCUGACAUGGAAUUAUUGCUGUUAUUGUUGUUCUUAUUACUGGGUGCAGGAUGUGACUCGAAUGGACCUUGGUGUUAAAACCCCUCACUUCCUUAAUGGUUUGUGUUCAUCCAAAAAUAUAUAUAUUUUAAUUAAAGUGUCUUACAUACAGAUCUGGAAACAAAUGAGACUAUUUCGGGUUUUUGAAUCAGUUUCUCUGGUUUUGCUAUUUAUAGGUAUAUAUUUGAGUAAAAUGAACAUUGUUGUUUUAUUCUAUAAACUACGGACAACCUUUCUUCAAAAUUCCAAAUAGAAAUAUUGUCAUUUAGAGCAUUUAUUUGCAGAAAAUAAGAAAUGGCUAAAAUAGCAAAAAGAUACAGAGCCUUCAGACCUCGAAUAAUGCAAAGAAAAUAAAUAAAAUUUCAUACAUUUUAGGAGUUCAGAAAUCAAUAUUUGUUGGUUUUUAAUGACAGUUUUCAUGCAUAUUGUCAUGUUCACCUCCACCAGUCUCCACCAGGAUAACUUUAUGCCACUCCUGGUGCAAAAAUUCAAGCAGUUCAGCUUGGUUUGAGGGCUUGUGAUCAUCCAUCUUCCUCUUGAUUAUAUUCCAGAGGUUUUCAUUUUGUUUGUUUACUCUAUGUGCACAUUUGGUGCUUGCUGUGCACUUCAUUCCAGACUUUUACCUAAAAAAAUUACAUGAAGCUGAUAAAUAGGUUGUAUGUAGUUGUCUAAAAAGCUACAUUCACCUACUUGUGUAUCACUAUUCAAACGCUUUUGAGAAAAAUAUAUUACCGUAUAUAUUGAGAGGAAAUUCAUUAUUGUGUUAAGAUGACCAGCCCAUCUGUUAUCAUUUCAGCCUUUACACAAAACAUGCCUGCUGAGCCCAGUUUACCCAAUAGCAUCUUGGAAUUGACAUAUGUAACUUUUUGUUUUCCCCUCAGGUUGAGCUUGAGGUCAGAAUGUAAAGGUUGUGAGGGGUCUUUGCAUCAAGGCCACUAAGAGUAUGAUUCAUAGAAGAGAAAAAUCCCCUCAGUUGUUUUGAGGGGAGUAGGAUUUAUCUGACGAAUAUAUUUUCUGUCUAAAGUCUAAAGUGUUUGAUAUCUCUUCAGUGUUUUUGUUUUCUCUUGUUUUCUCCUUUUUUUUUUACAUUGUUUUUAUGUUUUUACAGACAAAGAUUUGUUUGUAGAAAAGAGAUCAUGCGUAUAAAUCUUAAAUCAUGCUGCAAAGCGCACCAUUUUGUUACAUUUUUAUUUAAGUGAUUAUUAUGAUGAUGAUAAAAUUUUGUUUUGCCUCUUUUUUCAGAUCAAUAGUUUUAGUGGAAUAGCUACUUUUGUUAGCUAGAACUUUUUCAUAAUGUAUUUUUCUAACAUUGCUUCCUGUUUUAUGUCGAUAGAAUUAGAAAUGAGAAAAAAGUUAAAUACUUUAAGACUAAAUAUAAAUAUAUGAAUAUACACUUAUAUUGAAUCGAGUACAGUGUGCUAUUCUCCUGGACCAGGCUUUGUGAAUACUAAUUGUAGCAACUGUUUUAUUCCUUGCUCCUGAAAUUAUUUAAAAAGAUGUUACUGAAUGAACCUG